AUGCUACGGGAGACCCAUGGAGUCUGCAGUGGAGAGUUCCCCCAUUGUUCAGAAAACAAAGGCAUCACACUGCCUGAAGUGGAGAGUGCGUCCAUUGUUUCAGAAAGCGAGAAACCUAUUCUCUCUGCAGUAGAGACAGUGGAGUGUCCCUCAACCAUUUCAGAAAACAAGGAACUCACACCUUCAGCAGUGAAGGACAAGGAUGUCUCCAUAGUUUCAGAAUGCAAGAAAACUACCCCUUGUGCAGUGGAGACUAACGACAAUGAGGAUAUCACCAUUGUUUCAGAAAGCAAGAAACCCACAAAAGCACCGUCAGCAGUGGAGAAUGCCUCUAUCAUUUCAGAAAGUUCGUCACAUGAGGGCCAUCGCCUGUGGAUCGGUAACAUCGAUCCCAAAAUCACAGAGUACCACCUGGUGAAGCUGCUGGAGAGGUUUGGGAAGGUGAAACAGUUUGACUUCCUGUUCCACAAGUCUGGACCAAUGGAGGGCCAGCCCCGAGGAUACUGCUUCGUUAACUUCCACACCAAAGAGGAAGCAGAGUGGGCGAUCCAUUGUCUAAAUGGGAAGCUGGCCCUCUCCAAGAAGCUGGUGGUGCGCUGGGCACACGCACAGGUAAAGCUUCCCCACAAUGCCUGUGGAUUUGACCAAAAACAACACCAGACAAACAGUGACACACUACCUGCCUGGUCCAUGGUGCGACUGAGCUAAACGGGCUCCACUCUGGUUACCUGGUCCAACCAUGGUGCGACAGUAAGCUAGCCCACCCCGAAGCUCUGCUCCCUAUCUCUGUGGUUACCAGUCCAGGCUCUGCUCUGCUCAGCAGCUAUGUCAUAGGUUUGAGGGGAUAAGAAUGGUCCUGCCAGCCUAGUGCCAUCGUGCAGUGCAGAGCUAGACUUACCAACCAGUCUCAGGUCUGUCCAAUCUCUGUCUCUUUGACCCUCUUCCUCUUUCUCCGACUCUCUCCCUUCAUGCUUCACACACCCUCCUUUCCUACAGUAUACAUGUUUUAGAAGCUUAUGAAUUACGGUAUGAUAGACCUCAUUAGGGUGUGUAUGAGACUAACCCAUGAUUAACAUCUAAAAGUCCAAUUUCAUGUUAGUGGGCCUCCCAAGUGGCACAGUAUCACUACAGAACCUGGUUCAAUCCCAGGCAGUGCCACAACCGGGAGUCCCAUAGGGCGGCGCACAAUUGGCAGAGCGUCGUUAGGGGAGGGUUUGGCCGAGGGGGGGUGGGGUGCUUUACUUGGCUCAUCGCGCCCUAGCGACUCCUUGUUGCGGGCCGGGGGCCUGCAGGCUGACUUUGGUCGUCAGUAUUUUCUCCAACACAUUGGUGCGGCUGGCUUCCGGGUUAAGCGGGCGGGUGUUAAAAGGCAUAGUUUGCGCGUCAUGUUUCGGAGGAAGCAUAUGACUCGACCUUCGCCUCUCCCAAGCCCAUUGGGGAGUGAUGAAACAAGAUCGCAAUUGAAUAUCACCAAAUUGUGGAGAAAAUGGAGGUAAAAUACAACAACAAAAAACAUUUUACAAAUGAUAAACAUUUCGGUUUAGUAUUUUAAUUGCUUGACAAGGAAGUCCCUUUUGAAAGGAGCCGUUAUAAAAACAAAUGACCUCUUAGCUCUAAUUCAUACUAUUAGAGUUAUUACUAAAACAACCAUGUCUAAGAUGGACUUUUAGGAAGAGUCCUUAGGAAUGUAUUUUACUGUAAACUUCAAAAACACUCUUACCAACCAUAGACCUGUUGUCAGUGUGGAGGAAGUGAUGAAAGAUAAACACGUAGUUUCCUUUUUCCCCCUCAUCCCCCCACACUCUCUAGUUUGCUUCCCCACUUACUCACUCUCCUCACAAUCACUCUCUCCCUCUCUCUAUAACGCUCUCCUUCUCAGUCACUCUCUCCCUCUCUCUAUAACGCUCUCCUCAGUCACUCUCUCCCUCUCUCU